AUGGCCAUGGAGGAGGCGACGGCGACGGCGUUUGGCUUCCCGGCGGAGGUGCGGCCGGGGGCCACGCGGGUGGGCUGGAUCGGCAUCGGCGUCAUGGGCGGCGCCAUGGCCGCGCGCCUCCUCGCCGCCGGGUUCGCGGUGACCGCCUACGCGCGCACGCCGGCCUCCGUGGCCGCGGCCUCCGACGUGGUCUUCACCAUGGUCGGCAACCCCGGGGACGUCCGCUCCGUGGUCCUGGACGCAGCCUCGGGCGCCCUUGCGGGCCUCCGCCCCGGCGGCGUCCUCGUGGACUGCACGAGCUCGUCCCCCUCCCUCGCGCGCGAGGUCGCCGCGGCCGCGCGCGCCGCCGGCUGCCACGCCGUCGACUGCCCCGUCUCCGGCGGCGACGUCGGCGCCCGCGACGGCACGCUCGCCCUCCUCGCCGGCGGGGACGAGGCCGUGGUGGCCUGGCUCGCCCCGCUCUUCGCGCACCUCGGCCGGCCGACCUACAUGGGCCCGCCAGGCAGCGGGCAGAGCAGCAAGAUCGCGAACCAGAUCGCGGUGGCCGGCGCCGUGGUCGGCCUCGGCGAGUCCCUGGCCUUCGCCGGAGCCGCCGGGCUCGACGAGCGGCUGUUCCUCGGCGCGGUGUCCAAGGGCGCCGCGGGGUCGCGCGUGAUGGACAUCUUCGGGGAGCGCGCGCUGAGCCGCGACUUCUCGUCCGGGGGAUCCGUGCGGUACAUCAUCAAGGACCUCGGCAUGGCGCUGGAGGUCGGCGACGGCCAGGAGGAGGAGGUCAACGUGCUGCCAGGGUCGGCGCUGUACCGGCAGAUGUUCUCGGCCAUGGCGGCCAACGGCGACGGCGAGCUGUGCCUGCAGGGACUGAUCACCGUCGUCGAGCGCCUGAACGGCAUAAUGCGCAAUAGUAAUCUGAGAGCCAAGGAGCAAUUUGCAAAGGCUGCAAAAUUCCAAGGGCCUCUUGCUCAAUUCCAGGUGUCUGUCAGUGCACUGCUUCAGUCUCCUUAUCUCUUUCACUCCCAGAAACCUUCAGCAGCAACAAUGGCAGCGCCGGGCUCCCUAGGACUUCUCCAGGCGCCGUCCUUCUCCGCGGCCAAGUGCCGUCCGGUGGCGGCGAGCCGGGGAGCGGCACGAGCCGUGUUCGCCGUCCGCGCCUCGGCGGCUUCUGCGGCCACCAAGGACGCCGUCCUCAUGCCCUUCCGUGAGAACAGGGCUCUCAAGAUCAUUUCGGGGCUUCAGAACUUCGACAGGUCCAAUGUUGCGUCUGUCGUCACGGCUGCGGAUAAGGGAGGUGCUACCCAUGUUGAUAUAGCAUGUGACCAGGACUUGGUAAAGCUGGCACUUGAGCUUACUAACCUCCCGAUAUGUGUAUCGUCUGUGGAUCCCUCAGCAUUCCAAUCUGCGGUAAAAGCUGGUGCUCAAAUGAUUGAGAUUGGAAACUACGACUCCUUUUACGAUGCAGGCAUUGAAUUCUCAUCUGAGCAAAUACUGAACCUGACAAGGGAGACAAGGAAGAUACUUCCAGACAUCACAUUGUCAGUAACAGUUCCCCACACUCUGAGCCUUCCGGAUCAGAUGAGACUUGCAGAGCUACUUGAAGAGGAAGGCGCUGAUAUCAUCCAGACUGAAGGCGGGAAGUGUUCUAGUCCAACAAAGCCUGGUGUUCUUGGACUAAUAGAAAAGGCAGCACCAACAUUGGCAGCUGCAUACUCCAUCUCUAGGGCCGUCAGCAUACCGGUGAUGUGCGCAUCGGGGCUAAGUUCAGUGACUGCACCAAUGGCAGUAACCGCAGGAGCUGCUGGCGUGGGAGUUGGCUCUGCGAUUAACAAGCUCAAUGAUGUCGUGGCAAUGAUUGCCGAGGUGAGGAGCAUUGCGGAGGCUCUGGGGACGAAGGCUUCGAGGAAUGUGUCCGAGGACCUGAGAAGAGUUCACAAUUAG